CAUAGCAAUUAAUUUCAAUACCUAGUUUAUUUAAUAGACAUCUUCAUUAGGAUUUCGGGAUUCUCGCAAUCGAUGGCUUCUGCGGCUAGAAAAGACGUGAUCGGAUCAAAGGUUUGGAGUCCUGAAGAAGACGAGGCGUUACAGAGACUGGUCCAAAACUAUGGCCCUAGAAAUUGGUCUUUGAUAAGCAAAUCGAUCCCUGGUCGAUCUGGCAAGUCUUGCCGGUUGCGAUGGUGCAACCAGCUCUCCCCUGAGGUCGAACACAGGCCUUUUACCGCUGACGAGGACGACACCAUUAUCAGAGCCCAUGCCCGCUUUGGCAACAAGUGGGCUACCAUCGCUCGCCUUCUCAAUGGUCGCACCGACAACGCUAUCAAAAACCACUGGAACUCUACUCUCAAGCGAAAAUGCUCCUCUCUAUCUGAUGACUUAAACGACGACGUACAACAGCCUCUCAAAAGAUCCGCCAGCGUCGGUGCGGGCACCAACAUUUCGGGUCUUCACCUUAACCCGAGUAGUCCAUCCGGAUCCGAUGUCAGCGACUCCAGCUUGCCUGGGAUGGCUUCUUCCCCUGUUUACAGGCCCCUGGCGAGGACGGGUUCCCUUGUACCGCCCGGUCCAUCAAUCGAUGCCACCUCUUCCACAACAGAUCCACCGACCUCUUUGAGCCUCUCCCUUCCUGGAUCCGAUUCUUGCGAAGCCUCAAAUCAGGUAUCUGGUUCCGGGUCAGGAUCCGGAUUCAAUCAUGGACUAAGCCCAACGCAUGUUGUACAGACACCGGCGAUGCCCCCAGCUACUCUUCCAGUGCAGCAAGUUCCAGCGGUACAACAGAACUGUGUUGGGUUUGAGAAGCAGUUCUUUAAUCCUGAGUUCUUGGCAGUGAUGCAAGAGAUGAUAAGGAAGGAAGUGAGAAAUUACAUGUCAGGUAUUGAACAGAAUGGCAUGUGCUUUCAAACUGAAGCCAUUAGGAAUGCUGUGGUUAAGAGAAUUGGAAUUAGCAGAAUCGAGUAGUUGAACAGAGUAGCUUUUAGUGAUCAUGGUGAUGAUCCAAGCCGAGUCGACUCAGCAAGAAUCGGAGACAUAAAGAGAUGAUAGAAAAGAGGGGGGAGGGAGGGGGGAACGGUCGUCUUUGUUUCUUUAAUUUGCUUUAAUCGUUGCUUUAUACAGAAGUAAUAAUUUUGGUAGUGUACAGUGGAACAAAAAUGGUAUUUAGAGGGUACUGUUUAUGGGAGACGAA